UGUAUUUAAUUACAACUUCAUGACUAAGGUUCCUUUUAUGUGUAAAGUAUCUUUCAUCUACAUCUGUAAUUUGUGAAAGGAAAAGCGUGUUAAUUACUCGGGAAUGGCUAUAAAUACAACUGUCCCACACACGGUUUCACCCACCCAAUAUUCAGAGUCGAGAAAAUCAUGGCACUCAAAUCUAUUCACAUUCUCCUCGCCUUCCUCUCACUUCUGGCGGUUUCAGCCGCUUCCCGCGGCCCCAUAGUCGGCGGCUGGCACCCGAUCUCCAAUCCCAAUGCACCGGAGAUUGUUGAAAUCGCGAAAUUCGCGGUGGCCGAACACAACAAAGAGAAGAAAGCGUCCUUGAUUUUCGUGUCUGUGGUCAAGGGAGAAUCGCAGGUGGUGGCUGGUACCAAUUACAGGCUCGUGAUCUCCGCCAAGGAUGGCGCCUCAGCCGCCCCCAAAACCUAUACCGCCGUUGUUUGGUCCAAGGUUGCGCCGAAAUCCCUAGAGCUCACUUCCUUCGAGCAAAUUAAAGGUUAAUCGCCGAUUUUAUAUACAUAGGGGAAAUGCGGAUCGCCGGUUAUGAAGAAUAUUGUAUUUUCUAGUGGGUUUUACGCCCUAACUGGCUGAGUGGCCAGAUUGUGUAUCAGUUAUUAAAGUGAAAUAAAAUAUCCAGAUUUUUGUA